CUAAAUGUGGACAAAAUUAAGAGCAUGACACAUACACAAAAAUGGGAAGCUAAGCUUUAAUAAUAUAUAUAUCUACAAAAUGAAUAAUAGAAAAUAUUAUUUAGAGGUAAAUCUUCAUAUUCGGAAGAUAUGAACAUAAGAACGCAAAUAGCUAUACAUUAUGAAGUAAUGUAAUACAUUAAUCCAACUUAAACCCAAUUUUAGAAACAUUGACCCAAUAAUAAUGGCUAAUAAAAAUAGCUAAUUAAUCAAGUUUAUAUAAUGGAGUCAAAAUACCAUAGCAAAAUAAGUGAAAAAAAGUAGAAAAAAAAAAAAAAACAAACAAAAAAACAAAUUAUGUCUCCAAUUUUAAGCUUAUGUGGAAUAGUUAAUCUAUUCAUAAUUUUGGCAUCUCAUGGCAAGGCCCAAGUUUUUGAUAUCACAAAAAAAGGUGCAACAACUAGUAGUUCAGAUAUUUCCAAGAGUUUGUUAGAGGCUUGGAAUGGAGCUUGUGCAUCAUCAACACCGAGUAAAGUGUUGGUGCCGAAAGGGACAUUCCAAUUAAGCGCAGCAAUGCUACAAGGACCCUGCAAGGCUCCUAUUAAUUUCGAUUUGGAAGGCACAUUGCAGGCACCUGGAUUGGGCUCUAGUUACAGUUCUGGCAACAAUUGGAUCGUUUUUGCUUAUGUCGACCAACUCACUAUCUCCGGUACUGGCACUUUCGACGGUCGAGGCCCCACCGCUUGGGGUAAAAAAUGUGAUUGGAAUGAGUUCUGCGGUAGCCUUCCCAUUAAUUUAAGGUUCAACUUUGUGACCAACUCCAUAAUCGAAGACAUUACAAGCAAAGACAGCAAACAGUUUCAUGUGAACCUUAUUGGGUGCAAGAACAUGACCUUCCAACACUUCCAUGUCCUGGCACCCGAAAAGAGCCUCAACACCGAUGGAAUCCACAUUGGAAAAUCAAGCAACAUCAAGAUCACCAACACCACAAUCGAAACUGGAGAUGAUUGCAUCUCUAUUGGGGAUGGAAGCAACCAAAUCACAAUCACUAAUGUCACAUGCGGACCUGGCCACGGCAUCAGCAUCGGUAGUUUAGGAAAGUACAAAGAUGAGGAGCCUGUCAAAGGUGUUUACGUCAAGAGUUGCACAUUAAAGAACACACAAAAUGGGGUUCGAAUCAAAACUUGGCCUGAUUCCAAACCAGGAGCAGCAUCAGACCUACAUUUUGAAGACAUUACAAUGGAGAAUGUUGGCAACCCAGUGUUGAUUGACCAAGAAUAUUGUCCCUUUAAUGGUUGCAAGGCCAAACUUCCUUCCAAUGUUAAAAUCAGUAAUGUAAGUUUUAAGAGAAUAAGGGGUACUUCUUCUACACCAUUAGCUAUAAAAUUGGUGUGUAGUGGUGGAAUGCCUUGCCAGAACGUCGUCGUUUCUGACAUUAAUUUGAAGUAUAAUGGGACUCAAGGGUCAAUGUCUUCUGAGUGCAAAAAUGUCAAACCUGCCGUGAGUGGAACUCUCAACCCGCCAAUAUGCUCUAUCACCCAUUAGUUUAAUAAUUACUCUUGUUUUAUUUUUGCUAAAGUGAUAUUUAUUGCUCUUUUAAUUAAUGUAAAUAAUUAAAAGAAUGUCCUCAAGCAAAAAUUCUUGUUUUAAUUCUAAAAUGAUAUAUGUAACAAAGAAGAUUAUAUUUUAAGGAAUUUUGAUUUUUUUUUUUA